GUAUCCAAGCUGCACUAACUGUGUUGUUGUGUCCAAGCUGCCUGUAAAGGAAGAGAGAGAACGAGAGUGAACGUCAGUAGAACGAACUGUGGACAGUCACACAUGCCCGAGCUGUAAACAGCAGAGAGGUGAGAAGUAUCCAAGUUGCACUAACUGUGUUGUUGUGUCCAAGCUGCCUGUAAAGGAAGAGAGAGAACGAGAGUGAACGUCAGUAGAACGAACUGUGGACAGUCACACAUGCCCGAGCUGUAAACAGCAGAGAGGUGAGAGGUAUCCAAGCUGCACUAACUGUGUUGUUGUGUCCAAGCUGCCUGUAAAGGAAGGGAGAGAACGAGAGUGAACGUCAGUAGAACGAACUGUGGACAGUCACACAUGCCCGAGCUGUAAACAGCAGAGAGGUGAGAAGUAUCCAAGUUGCACUAACUGUGUUGUUGUGUCCAAGCUGCCUGUAAAGGAAGAGAGAGAACGAGAGUGAACGUCAGUAGAACGAACUGUGGACAGUCACACAUGCCCGAGCUGUAAACAGCAGAGAGGUGAGAAGUAUCCAAGUUGCACUAACUGUGUUGUUGUGUCCAAGCUGCCUGCAAAGAGAGAGAGAAGACGGGGGUGAAUGUCAGGAGAGUGACCUGUGGAAAAAGACCAUACUUACCAAGAGCUAUCAGCAAACCGACAGGUGAGGACGAUCCCCGUCCAGGCCAAACGAGUCUUCGUGUCCCAGUCGAAGCCUGUGGAAAGAAACACCAAGUGGAGUGAGCAGAGAGAAGAGGAGGGCGCCACGGAUAGCGGAGUUGGCAGGAGCCUGUGUUCCCCGUCCCUUUCCGCCCAUUACCUGGGUCACCCGCCCCUGGAACCCCCGUUGCCCUCUUCCCCCUUCUGCCACUUUCCCGUGCUGUGGUCUGCCUGGAAGGCAGAGAGAGGAAGCUAGUUUUAAUUGCCCCUUCCCCAUUCCCCCAGUUAUUUUAAAUAUUUAAAUAAAGUUUGUUUUAAUACUUACCUGCUCUCGUGUUGUUUGGUCAUUGGGUUGGCUUUGGGGACCUCCUCGAGGUGGAAGUUGAGAAGGGGCGUGGCUUUAGGGUUAGCAGCCAGCCCCUAGCCGUGACAGAUUUUGGCGUAGUCGGCAGGGUUCCACCUCGAGUUGAGUAACCAGGGUCGCCCAAUGACCGACAACGCGGGGCCCGCAGCCCCACCCCGUGCCACGUCCAUCAUCAUGGGUAGCCCAUGGAUGCAGAAGUAUGGAGAAGCAGAGUCGGAGGUCCGACUGACAGAGUGGAAGGCCCAACUCGAGUACUUGGCCGACCUACAGGGCCUUAGCGCCGCCCAGCGGCUCCAGUUUGUACUAAACUCCCUGGAGGGAGAAGCCCGGCGAGAGGUGCAGGCCGCCCCCGAAGCAGUUAGAGCCACCGCCCAGACCGUAUUCCAGUUUCUCACCGAACAAUAUGGUGACCAUACCCCCGUAGCUGUCCUCCGUUCCCAAUUUUUUAACUUUAAGCAAGGCCCCCGACAAACCAUUAGAGCGUUUGCCCUGAGGCUGCGGGAGCAGUUCACCCGAUUACAGGCCCGACGCGAUCAUGGGCUGGGAGACGGGGAGAACCUUCUACGCGACCAGUUCCUCCUGGGGAUGAAGGAGGGCCCCGUAAGGCAGAGUCUGAGGGUCCAGUUUCGGAGGGACCCCGGGCUCACCUUUGAAGACCUUAAGAAAGAGGCACUGGCCUUGGAAGGUGAUGAGGUCGAAGUCAGUGAGGCCCCAGUAUGCGCGGCGGUGAGCGAAACGGCACCCACACCACCUGAGCGGGCAGAUUGGAAGCAGGCCCUUAAGGCGGAACUGUUGAAGGACGUCCAGGAACAGAUAUCGGAGCUGUCUAAAGCCCUCUUGGGAGAGUUGCGCCAAGGAAGGGCGCGGGAGGAACCGAGGCCGGCCCCCCGAGAACGAACUUACUCGGAGCGAGGCCGAGAGCCACCCGGACGUCCAGACCGCUUUAACCGACCCCGCUUUGAAUGGGAUGACCAAGGGCGGCCCAUUUGCAAUCGCUGUGGUAAACCAGGGCAUAUCAGUCGCCAGUGUGGGCCUCGUAGGGCGUCGGAAGGGGGUUUUUAG